AUGAGAAGCCUGCUCGUCGCCGUGGUGAUCCUGGGUGUGCUGUCCAGCGGGUUUGGUGAUGGAGUCAGAACGUUCAUAUCUGUGCUGACCGUGAACAACGGAGAGAGAUUUGGAAAGUGGGCUUCAGUCGACAUGUGUCCUGAAAACUACUACGCUGUUGGAUUCAGUAUAAGGGUGGAGUCUUCUCAGGGUUUGCUGGACGACACCGCCCUCAACGGGAUCCGUCUCCACUGCUCCAAAGGCGAGCUUGGAAACCAUGAUGAGUACACCGUUGAAUCCCACAGUGGCUUCUUCGGUAAAUGGUCCGAGCCCCAGUACUGCUCCAGCGGCAUGCUCGCUGCUUUCCAGCUCCGGGUGGAGCCUUACGGUGGGGUGACCCAUGAUGACACGGCCGUCAACAACAUCACAUUUCGCUGCAGCGAUAAUUUACAGUUGGAUGGGCCCGGCGCGUCCGGGGGAAAGUACGGUACAUGGAGUGAGGAAUGCUAUCAUGGAGGAAUCUGCGGCAUUCAGACCAAGAUGGAAGGUCGCCGGUAUUUAUCUGACGACACCACCCUCAACGACGUCCGCCUCUUUUGCUGCGACAAAUAA